AGAAGAAAGAGGUGACUGACUCACAGUCACACCUCACAUUACACGCCAUUCAACAGCCACAUGAAAUGCAGCGUCUCAAAUUCAAAUCCAUGCUCUCCCCAACACUACAAUGGUCCUUCAGCUCCUCUCUCCCUCCCCUUAACUUCAAGCCCUGUUCCUCUUUGCAAUACUCACCAUGGUCAGGUCUUCAAGCCUGGAGAGAGAGCCCUCUCAACGAGAACCGUAUUUGGGGACCCAAUGGCCCACAAUCUCUUGUACUACAGUCACCAUCUUCAGCGGUCGACAACUGUGACAGUUCCAUAGGCUCUGCUUCCUCCCUAGCGGAGCUUGGUGCUCUAGUCCUCUCCACCAGUGACCCUCUCACCAAGUCCAAGCUUUCCCAUUUGGCAUACUCAAGAUGGCGCCGUGAGAAUCUCCCGCUUGGGUUGGUGUCUGACCCGCCUUCUCGACCUGCUCGGCCUCUCAAACCCGAAUUGGUUUCCCCGAAGGAAAUUCCGACCCCAAAAAAUUCAGGUUUGCCUCUUAAUGCUUACAUGCUCCAUAAUCUUGCUCACGUGGAGCUGAAUGCAAUUGAUUUGGCAUGGGAUACUGUUGUUCGGUUUUCACCCUUUAGUGAGAUUCUUGGGGAGGGAUUCUUUGCUGACUUUGCACAUGUUGCUGAUGAUGAGAGUCGCCAUUUUGGCUGGUGUUCGCAAAGACUCUCUGAGCUUGGUUUCAAAUAUGGAGAUAUGCCUGCUCAUAAUCUGCUCUGGAGGGAGUGUGAGAAAUCAUCUGACAAUGUUGCUGCGCGUUUAGCAGUGAUCCCACUUGUCCAGGAGGCUAGAGGACUUGAUGCUGGACCACGACUGGUGCAAAGAUUGGUUGGCUUUGGAGAUCUCAGGACAUCUAACAUUGUGGCUAGAAUUGCUGAUGAAGAAGUUGCACAUGUAGCUGUUGGUGUAUUCUGGUUUGUUUCAGUCUGCCAAAAAAUGGGUCGUGCCCCUUGUUCCACUUUUAAAGAUUUAUUAAAUGAGUACAAUGUGGAGUUGAAAGGGCCCUUCAAUUAUUCAGCUCGGGACAAAGCUGGCCUUCCUCGUGACUGGUAUGAUACAUCAUCAUCAAAAAUGCAGGAUAAGAGCGAUAAACAGGACAAAAAUGAGAAGCUUUCUUUGGUUUAUGAUAGGCUUGCUUCCAUCAUUUCUAUGGAGAGUGAGAACUCAAGUUUGAAUAGGCCUCCUAGAUGAUUGUUGUUUAACAUAUUGAGCUCCAACACAAAUAUUGGUGAUGCUGGGAAGUUCAUACUAGGUUUCUCCUUAUGACUCUAGCAGCCACACUAGUAACAACUCGGUCUUUGUCAUGCUGCACUGGUUAUGGCAUUUUUGAAGGCUAUAUAUUGCAAGAGGUGACUUGGUGGCUUUCCUUACUUUGCUUCAUCAUAGUAUUACUGCAAGAGGUGACUCGCUGGUGGCUUUUGUUACUUUUUCUUCAUCAUUAUAUUACUGUAAAUUAUGUUCUUGCAAUUAUAAUGUAUAUAAAUGUAAGUACCCCAAAUACGUAUAUACCCAGGAGUAUUGGAACCAUUUGAUAAACAAGAUGGAGAGGUCUUUUGGGGUAGUGGAAUCUGAAGAGAAUUGAGAGCCAUUACUUUAAAAUUGGCAUAUGGUAUCAUGUGCUACGUACCUUUCUAUAGUGCAAAUAAUACAGGACCAUCCUCAGUGCAACAUA